UAGAACCUUACCUUGAGCAGUCGCCUCGGCGCGAGACAAGAUGAGACCUUGACCUGGAGAACUCAAGGAAAGGCUGUCACCGAGCAGCAAUGGAGCGUCACACUGUUAACACAGCUCUUGAAAUCGUGAGGGCUCUUCAAGCGCAAGGCGUGGCGCUGGGAGGUUAUGAGGAUACUCAGGACCCCAAGCGGACACGCGUGCUCGAACACGGCGCCAACAUCGGAACGGGGGCGAUGUCGGGUGCCGCCACGGCUCCCCGCGACGCAAACGCGGGAGCCUAUGACGCCGAGCAGCACGAGCGCGAUCACGAGGGAGUCAGCUAUCCCGGCUCGAACGCGGCUGCCACGGCCAUGUACCACGCCCUGCUCGCCGCGCGUGCGGCCCCUGCCAAAGCAGUGACAGCAAACGCGGCCUACCCUGACGCCUACGCCGCGGCCGUGGAGGAAGAGCAGCCUCCCCGCCGCGGCCGCGGUCGGCCGCCUGGCUCCAAGAACAAGCCCAAAAGCGACGACCCGAACACCGCGCACCUGUUCGGCACAGCAGGAUACGCGGCCUUGCAGCGGCCAGCGCCGCCUGUUGCCUACAAGCCCGAGUACGACGAGGGUGGGGAGGGCUCGGACGGUGCGGCGGGGCUGGACUCGGACGCGGGCGGCUCGGCGUUUGGUGCCCGCGGCCGCAAGCGGAAGUCCUCUCGUCCCACGGCGGCCCAGCCGCACGGAGCCAUGUCCAUGCAGGACGGCGAGGAUGACGACACCGGCUCUCAGCAGCCGCGCGGGGUGCAGGGACUCGUGACUGCGCGGCCGGGCGUGCCGCUGACGGCGGCGGCGGGCGCAGUGCCCUACCCCAAGAACAUGGUGCUCUUCGACCCCAGCGGCCUGCCGGUGCGGCGCGGCCGCGGCCGUCCCCGCAAGGACUACCCGCCCGGCUACCAGCUGGUCCCCGCCGACCAGGUGUCGGCCGAGAUCCGGGCAAUGGUGCUGGGAGGCGAGGACGCAGCCGACGCCGCGGCGGCGGCGGCCGAGGCGGCGGCGGCCGCCGAGGCGGCAGUGGCCGAGGCCGCCAGUCUUGCCGAACGCGUCAUGACGGCGGCAGGUCCCAUGCCCGUGAACGAGCUGGUUGCGGCGCUGCAGAGCGUCGCCGACCCAGAUGCGGUGGCGGCGGCCGCCGUCGCGGCGGCCGCGGCCGCUGCCGGCAACGCCGACUGGGCCGCUGACGGCGGCAUGGGGGCCGUGCCGGCGCCUGCGGCGGCGGCGGUGUACGACGAUAGCGUGGCGGCCAUGGGCGAGGCGGCGCUGGCGGCUGCGGCGGCGGCGCGGCAUGCCGCCGUGUCCCGGCGGGAUGUGGGUGUGCAGGUACCUGACGUGCCGUACCAUGCAUUCAGUGCACUGUACGGUGGCGUGCCGGGCGAGGCUGGGACGGAUGUGGAGGGGAACAGCAUGGAGAGCCUGGUGGCGGCGAUCGCGGCCGCUGCUGCCGCCUCCGCGUCGGCGCCAUCGGCGCCGGACCCGCGUCUGUCUGUGCUCCUGGGCCUGGCGGCAAAGACACAGUCGCAACGGCUGGAGAAGCAGGAGGCAGCGGCGGCGGCUGCGGCAGCACAGGGGCAGGCGGCACAGGAUGGCCAGGAUGGCGAGGGCGUCGGAGCGCGCGGCGGCGGCGUGGGCGGCAGCGGUGGCGGCGGCCAGGAGGAGGGUGAAGAGCCGUCCGCUGCGCCCGUGGUGGAGGCAGCCGCUGCAGCUGAUGACGUUGAUACUGGUGCCGGCGCAGGCACCGGCGCUUCCUCGCCGGCCGCGGCAGAGGAGCAGCGGGCCGUGCGCUCUAGCCACUAUGGAGUCGCGAGCGGUGACGUUGACGCGCUUGUUGGCGGCGCCUCCGCGGGCGGCGCCAGGGCGCUGCCGCCCGGCGGCGACGGCGAAGGCCGUCGUGCGGGCUACCAUGGCGGCGGCUGGGCCGGCUCCCGGGCCGGCUUCCUGGUGCCUGUUGAGGCAGCGGCGAGCGGCUCCGACCCCAGUGCCGACGGCGCUCGCCAGGUCUACACGCACCCGCUGUCGGAGUUCAUGGCGGCGGCGGGGAGCCACAGGGGCUGCCGGCGCGGCUGCUGCUCCCAGCGUCUGGGUGGAGCCGGCGGUGACGCCGGCGGCGGCCGCCGGGCGCACCCGGCGCUGAUGCAGCGCCGCACCCUGGCGGCGCAGUACUACGGCGGAGCCGGCGGCGGCAGCGACAGCGAGUCGGCAGAGGCGGCGGCGGCAGCUGCGUCGGAUGAGGACGAGGAGCUGGCGACGGCGGGCCCCGACUGCGAUGACUACCUGUACGCGGCUGCGCCGUCGGGUGGUGGCGCGGCCGCCGGUCGUGUUAUCCCUCAGUACGACGGCGCCGGGGACGACGAGAUGGUGGAUCCGGAGGCGGCGGUGGCAGCUGCCGCAGCGGUGGCGGCGGUGACGGCGGCGGCCGCCGACCCGCCCGUGGAGGUGGACCCCGCUGCGGCGGCUGCGGCGGCCGCAGCGGUGGCGGCGGUGACUGGCACCGCCAUGCCGACCGUCAACGCCCUGCCGAGCGCCGCGCCGCUGGCGGGCGCGAUGCCGCCGCCGCCGCUGGGGAUGCCCGGCGCGCCCGGUCUGCCGGUGGCGGCCCAGCAGCAGCAGCUGGAUGCGGCUGCGACCCUGACCGCCCAGCUGCAUGCCGCGCUGGCCAACCCGGCGGCGGCGGCGGCCGCCGGCGGCCCGCCGGGCCAGCUGCACCCGGACGCCGCGGCGCGGCUGGCGGCGCUGAUGCAGCUGCAGCAGCUGUUUGCGUUGCAGCAGCAGCUACAGCAGCAAAAGUCCAUGCAGCAUGGCGGCGGCGACGACGGCGACGGCUCGCGCCGCACGCCCACACCGCCGCCGCCGCACCCGCAGCACCGCUCCAAGGCUGCCGCGCGAGUGGACAUCGUGAAGGCGGAGCUGGGCGAUAGCAGCGGCUACCGCGGCCCUAGCGGUCUGGCGGCGAUCCAGGCAGCCAACGCCGCGGCGGCGGCGGCAGCCGGCGGCCGGCCGCGCCGCUCCGCCGCCGUACCCGCGCGCUUUGCCGAUUCCAAGCUUUUCGUCAAGCCGCCCGGCGCCGGAGGCGGCGGCGGCGGUGGCGGGCGCGGCCGGCGGUACGGCAGCGAUGAGGAGAUGGAGGACGAUGACGAGGAGUUUGGCGAGGAUGAGGACGAUGAGGAGCUGCCUGGCGACGGCGAGGAGGACGUGGAGGAUGAGGAGCUGGAGACGGAUGACGACAUUGAGGGCGGUGGCCGCAUCCGCCGCGCCGGCUCGCGCGGCCCCGGUGGCGGCGGCGUAGGGCGCCGCGUCGGCGGCAGCGUGGAGGACGAGGCGGAGGCCAAGCGGCAGGCGCACCUGGCGCGGCGGCGCGAGGCGGCGCGGCGCAUGCGCGCGGAGGCGGCGGCGCAGCGCGCCGCCACGCAGGUGCAGCAGCACCAGCUGCUGCUGGCUGGCGGCCUGCCCGGGCUGCCGGGCUUCAUGAUGGGCAUGCCGGGUGCCGGCGGCGGCGAGGGCGCCGGUGGCGCCGGGCCGCUGGGAGGCACCGACGGCGACGACGACGGCGAGGGCGAGGAGGCGCGGCUGCGGCGGCAGCUGGCGGCGGCCACCGCAGGCGGCGGCGGCGCCGCGCUUGGCGUCGGCGGCAAGCUCUCUGCCGCGGAGCGGCAUGAGCGCGAGCUGGCGCGGCGGCGCGAGCGUGAGCGGCAGCGCCGCGCGGAGCUGAAGCGCAUGCGCGAGGCUGGGCAGCUGGGCGGCGCCGGCGCCGGUGUUAGCGGCAUCAGCGACCCGGCGUCGGCGCUGGCGGCGCUGAUUGCCGGCGACGGCAGUGAGUUCGCGGAGCCGGGCGAUGAGCUGCUGCCGCCUGAGGAGCAGCGGGAGCGGCAGCUGGCGCGGCGGCGCGAGCGGGAGCGGCUGCUGCGGAUGGAGCUGCGCCUGCGGCGGGAGGAGCAGGCCGGCGGCAACGGCGGCACCUCCACCGACCCACUGGACGACGACGACGCCGGCGACCUCGGCGACUACGGAGGCGGGGGCGGCGGCGGCGGCGGCUACAAUGGGCUGGCGCCGAUGCGGGUGGUGGUGCCCAAGCCGUUGGGCAUUGCGUCCUUCCGCGGCCUGUCGGCGCCGCCGGGCGGCGGCACCAUCAUCCUGCCUGGCGGCCUGCCGCCGCUGGUGCUGCCGCCGGCGCUGCCGUCCUCGCUGCCGCCGCUGGUGCUGCCGCCGGGCAUGUCGGGCGGCGCCGCGGCCCGCUACGGCGCCGGGCAGGGCCCGAGCGGCCUCCAGCCUGCCGGCAACUCUCUGGGGCUGCCCAGCUCCAUGGCACCCAGCCCCGCACCCGGCGGCCUUGCGUCCGCCACCCCCGGCGGCGGCGCCACACCGCUCGGCACCGGCAUGGCGGGAGCGGCCGGGGCGGCUCUUGGCGCGCCCGGCUCUGCGCCGGCGCGCCUCCCCUCCGCCGGCCACAUGGAUGCGGCUACUGCUGCCGCCGUUGCGGCGGCGGCGGCGCUGGCGAGCCAGAAGCGGCCGCGGCAGAAGUUCUUGGGCACACCCACAGAGAAGCGCGAGCGCGAGCUGGCGGUGAAGCGUGAGCGCGAGAAGCAGCGUCGCCUGCGUCUAAAGCAGGAGCGCUUGGCUCGUGCCGGCAUUGAGAUGCCGCUGCCGCCGGCCGGCGGCGCCAGCCGUGCCAGCGUGGGCCCCGCCAGCACCGGCGGCCUGGCAACGUCGACGGGCGGGCAGCCUGGCGGCACCGGCGGCGGCGCCAGCAGCGCCAUGACCACCCAGUCCAUGGGCACGGGCGAUGAGGAGGGGCCGCCGCGGCAGCGGCCGAGGCUUGACGGCGCCACCGGCGGCCUGGAUCCCAACGCGGAGCCGGGGGAAGGUGACAGCGGUCCCGCGGCCGGGGCGGCGGCGGGCACCGCUGAUGCAUCGUCACAGCCGCCCAACUACAACACCAACAACAACAUGAAUGUCAGCGCCAGCCUGGUGACGCAGGUUGACAGCGCGACGCUGUACGCACCGGGAGGCAUCCCGGCGGCGGUCGCGGGCGGCUACGCGCUCAGCGACCAGGCGUACCUGGAGAAGCGCGAGCGCGACCUGGCGCUGAAGCGGGAGCGGGAGCGGCAGCGCCGCCAGCGGCUCAAGGAGGAGCGCCUGGCGGCGGCGGCCGCUAUGUCAGGUGGCAGCGGCGGAGCCGCCGCCGCCGGAGGCGGAGGCGGCAGUAGCGGGUACAUGGAGCAGCAGCAGCAGCAGCAGCCGUACCAGCAGCAGCCGAACCUGGCGAUGCAGUUGAAGCGGGAGGCGCCGACGAUGUACGGGUCUUCGCUGGGCGUUGCGGAGGAGGAGCGCAUGCAGAUGCAGGGCGGCGGCGGAGGGGGAGGGGGAGCAGGAGCGGGCGGGGCGGAGGGGCAGGGCGGCAAUGACGCCGCGAUGGCAGAAGCCGAGGCGGCCGCCGCCGGUGGCGCUGGUGCCGCCACUGCUGUGGCCAACGGCGGUGGGGAGGAGGCGGAGGAGAUGGAGGAGGAGGAGGAGGGGGAACCUGACCCAGCAGCCGUGGCCGCCGCGGCUGCCGCUGCUGCGGAGCAGCAGGCUCGGGAGAAGGCGGAGCGCGACCGUGAGCGAGCCGAGUCGCGUGCGGCGCGCGAGCGCGCGAUGGCGGAGCGCGCCGCCCGGGAGGCGGAGAAGGCUGCCAAGGCGGAGCGCGAGGCGAAGGAGAAGGAGGCUCGCGACAAGGCCAAGCGGGAGGCGGCGCUGGCGGCCAAGCGCGAGGAGGAGCGGCGCAAGCGGCGGGAGCGGAAGAAGCUGGAGCGGGAGAAGGAGAAGGCGCGGGGCGGCGCCGACUCGGAUGCGGAGGGCGAUGAGCGCGAGGGCACGCCGCCGCCGGGCGGUGCGGGCGGCGAGGCAGGGGCGCGGCCCCAGAAGGGCGGCCACAGCGCGCCCUUCUAUCGCACCGUGCUGCGCCGCGUGAAGCGCAUGGUGCAACACAUCAAGCAGGAGGAGCAUGCGCUGGCGGUGCUGGAGGCGGAGGGCUGGCGCGGCGGCGCGCGCAAGAAGGUGCAGCUGACGUAUGAGCUGCAGCGCAGCCGGGAGGCGCUGGAGAAGCGGCGGGCAGCCAUCCGCGAGGCUGUGUCGCUGUGUGACGCGCCGCCCGGGCUGAAGGCCAUCCCUGCUGAGCUGUUUGACGAGGAGGGCGAGCUGGAGGAGCACCACAUCUUCUGCGCCGUGUGCUACAGCUACGAGAUGGCGGACGACGACGACGUGGUCCUGUGCGACGGCCCCUGCAACUGCGCCUUCCACCAGAACUGCCUGGACCCGCCGGUGGACGUCACCAAGCUGCCCGAGGACGAGGGCUGGCUGUGCCCCGCCUGCGACUGCAAGGCCGACAUCCUGGACCUGCUGUACGAGGAGUUCAACAUCGAGUACGACAUAAACGACCCGUGGACCGCCAUACUGCCGCCGCCGCCGGAGCCCGAGCCGCGGCCGCCCGGGGCUGGCGGCAGCGCCGAGCCGGACACCGAGGCGGGCGGAGCGGGCAGUGGCGAGGAGGAGGGUGAGGCCGGCGAGCGCGGUGGCAAGCGGCGGCGGCGGCGGCGGCGGCGCAACGUCAAGCCCAUGUCAGAGGGCGAGGUGGGCGGCGGCUGGCUGGCGGCGGACCUGCCCUCAGACGAGGAUGAUGAUGACGACUUUGCGGCAGAAGCCGAGGCGGGCGAUGACGAUGACGACGAGCAGGAGGCUGCUGGCGCCGCAGGGCCCUCCGGCUCUGGCGCCGCGCCCAUGGACACCGACGCGCCUCCGGCUGCCGCCGGCGAAGCCGCCGCCGCCGAUCAGGCGGCGGCGCCGGCCGGCGACGCCGAAGACGAGGAUGGAGAGGAUGCAGACGCAGAUGAAGAUGAGGAUGAUGAUGAAGAUGAAGAGGAUGACAGCGGCGGUGGUGACAGCGAUGAUGAGGAGCUGGAUGACUUGGAGGAGGAGAGCGGGCUGAGCGGGCUGGGCGAGGGCGAGGGCGGCAGCGACGACCUGUCGGACGCCAGCGAUGACGACGGGCACGGCAGCGGCAGCGAGGGAGAGGUGGUGCUGGAGAAGCGCCAGCGCAAGCAGGUUGACUACAUGGAGCUGCACAAGCAGCUGUUCGGCGUGGAGCCGGCUCCGGGCGGCGGCGAGGAGGACGACGACGACUACGACCCCGACAUGGCCUCGCCGCCCAAGACCCACAAGAAGGGCGGCGGGGACAAGGACAGGGGCGAGAAGGACAGGGGCGAGAAGGACAGGGGGGAGAAGGAGGGGCAGGACAGCUGAGGUGAUGUUGGGCGUUAGAAGGCCGCACGUGAGCGUGUGUGGACCGAUCGCAAAGCAAGGCAGCGGUGGCGGGCACAGCCGUUGGCAGGUAGCAGGGCAGCAGGAGGGAGGCGGCUUCGAUGAACACUGCAUUGCGCGGGUGUCUGUUGGUAGCGGCUUGGUGGGGCAGAACAGUAUAAGGACCAACGCGUUUUGUGUGGGGGCGUGUCAGUGCCUGACACGCGCGUGAAUGCGGCAUGGGGGUGGAGGGUGGGGCCGUGGGGGUCCCUGCGCGCGCGCUGGAUUGGAGGACGAGAAACGGCGGGACAGGGCAGCUGCAGAGGCGGCCGGCCGUGCCGGAAUGGCCACCAACACUCGGUGAUUGCCAUCCCUACCACUCUGCAUCUUUUUGACGGCUUGCCUCGGGAAUGAAUACGUCUCACGUCCCCCCGCUUUGGACUUUUUGGUCGAUCGAGUUCGAAAUGGUGUAAGUACACACGUGUUUGCGAUUUCGAGGGUUGCGCGGCCCCGCCGCCGGAAUGACACGGUGUUGCCCUAUCAGGCGUGCCCGGCCCUGAUGACAUUACUGCACCAAGCGCGCCCACACGAAACCCAUGGACGUGUGUAUGUGUGUAUGUGUGUGCGCGCGCGCGCUGACGAUGUGUGCACGCAGUACUACGCAGUGUGGGCGUUGGCUCAAGAAUGAACUGCUACUACGUGUAAGCUACCACUCAC